AUGGUUACUCCGAAUUACUCGUUAAGUGGUAAAUUAGCCGAGGAUACUAACACUUUUAAUGGUGUCGUUGUUAAAUACUCUGAACCUGCGGAGGCCAAAAUUCCUAAAAAAAAUUGGAGAUUGUAUCCUUUUAAAGGGGUUGAAGCUUUACCGCAUAUAACGUUGAAAAAUCAAAGUGCAUAUCUUUUGGGUCGUGAUAGACGGGUUGCUGAUUUACCUAUUGACCAUCCUUCGUGUUCGAAGCAGCAUGCAGUGAUUCAAUUUCGUCAAGUAACUUAUAAAAGAGAUGACGAUUCAACUGGCAAAAGAGUUCGUCCCUACCUGAUUGAUUUGGAAUCCGCGAAUGGUACAUUUAUAAAUAACAAACCAAUUGAACCAAGGAGGUAUUAUGAACUGUUUGAGAAAGAUGUUAUCAAAUUUGGUUUUAGCUCGAGAGAAUAUGUUCUUCUUCAUGAAGACUCCAAAGAGGAUACACAGGAGGUGGAAAAGGAAUCUUCCUAA